GGGGUUUCAGGACCACCAGCCGUUGGGCACUUCCGCCGGGGCUCCGGUUUCCUUUCUCCUCGGUAUUUAAAUUGCUGCUGCAGGACAUCAGCUGCUCGCCUCCUCCUGCGCACCGACCGCCGACAGCACCGGGGACGCGCUUCCUUCUGCGCACAUCACACCAGCCGGUACCGGGGAGGGUGCGCGCGUGUUUUUUUUUUGUUUGUUGUGGUGAACAAUAACCGGUCGGCCGCUGCUCGGUCCGUUAUUUGUCUCUCCCGUGCUCGCGGAGGGCUUUGCGGAGAGAAAGAGACAGUGUCGUUCGGUUCUGUUUCGGGAGCACAAGUGGCCUGGACGUGGGGGGACCGAUGGACUUGAUGACGAGUGCGCAUUUGGAGGGUCAGCUUUGAAUACGGAUAGAAAUAUCGAUCCUUUUAUUUUUUGUUGUUGUUGUUGUUGUUGUCGUAGACAUUAACGGAUAAUAUCGCCGUAACAAGCCUCCAUUUGAUCAACAACAACAACAGUCGCCACCGAUUCUAGUGAAGCAUUGAAGAAUAAUCAAAAUACAAAAACAUAAUAAUCCAGAUUAAAAUAGUUGAAUACCUUCGUCAGUAUCCCUUUUAAUGAUUUGGAGAUAAAUGAAGAUUUGUUUUUUAAUUAGGUGCGAUCUGAGCUUCUUAUUGGCUCGACCUCAAGCAUAAAGACUUCCAAGUUUACACCUGUCAGAGGCUUUACUACAAGCAGCCAUGUUCAGCUGGCUGGGCACAGACGACCGGAGGAAGAAGGACCCAGAAGUCUUCCAGACCGUCAGCGAGGGACUCAAGAAGCUCUACAAAACCAAACUGCUGCCGCUGGAGGAGGGCUACAAGUUCCACGAGUUCCACUCUCCGGCCCUGGAGGAUGCGGACUUCGACAACAAGCCCAUGGUCCUACUGGUGGGGCAGUACUCCACCGGCAAGACCAGCUUCAUACGCUACCUGUUGGAGCAGGAUUUUCCCGGCAUGCGAAUCGGCCCCGAACCCACCACGGAUUCCUUCAUCGCGGUGAUGCACGGCGACACCGAAGGCGUCGUCCCCGGCAACGCUUUGGUGGUCGACCCCAAGAAGCCCUUCCGAAAGCUCAACGCGUUUGGCAACGCGUUCCUCAACCGGUUUGUUUGUGCCCAGCUGCCAAACCCGGUGCUGGAAAGCAUCAGUGUGAUUGACACACCGGGGAUCCUGUCAGGAGAGAAACAGAGGAUCAGUCGAGGCUACGACUUCGCCGCCGUCCUGGAGUGGUUUGCCGAGCGGGUGGAUAGGAUCAUCCUGCUGUUUGACGCCCACAAGCUGGACAUCUCCGACGAGUUCUCGGAGGUGAUAAAGGCGCUGAAGAACCACGAAGACAAGAUCAGGGUGGUGCUGAACAAGGCGGACCAGAUAGAGACCCAGCAGUUGAUGAGAGUGUACGGCGCCCUGAUGUGGUCGCUGGGGAAAAUAGUCAACACUCCUGAGGUGAUCCGCGUCUACAUCGGGUCCUUCUGGUCCCACCCGCUGUUGAUUCCGGACAACAGGAAGCUGUUCGAAGCGGAGGAGCAGGACUUGUUCAAGGACAUCCAGUCCCUGCCGAGAAACGCGGCGCUGCGAAAGCUCAACGACCUGAUCAAGAGGGCGAGACUCGCCAAGGUCCACGCCUACAUCAUCAGCGCGCUGAAGAAGGAGAUGCCCUCCGUGUUCGGGAAGGAGAACAAGAAGAAGGAGCUGAUCGGCAGCCUUGGAGAUAUUUACAAACGCAUCGAGCGGGAGCACCUCAUAUCCCCGGGGGACUUCCCCAACCUGAAGAAGAUGCAGGACCAACUGAACUCUCAGGACCUCAACAAGUUCCAGCCUCUGAAGCCCAAACUCCUGGAGGCGGUGGACGACAUGCUGGCCCACGACAUCGCCGGCCUGAUGGUGCUGGUGCGCCAGGAGGAGAACCAGCGGCCCAACCCGGUGGUGAAGGGCGGCGCGUUCGACGGCACGCUGGACGGCCCGUUCGGCCACGGCUACGGCGAGGGGGCCGGCGAGGGCAUCGACGAGGCCGAGUGGGUCGUCGCCCGGGACAAGCCGGCUUACGACGAGAUCUUCUACACCCUGUCCCCCGUCAACGCCAAGGUGACGGGCGCCAACGCCAAGCGGGAGAUGGUCAAGUCCAAGCUGCCCAACACGGUGCUGGGGAAGAUCUGGAAGCUGGCCGACAUCGACAAGGACGGGAUGCUGGACGACGAGGAGUUCGCGCUGGCCAACCACCUGAUCAAAGUCAAGCUGGAGGGACACGAGCUGCCGUCGGAGCUGCCGGCGCACCUGGUUCCUCCCUCCAAGAGGAAAAUGGCAGAGUAAAUGUCACAUUGUAAGAUCGUUCGCCCCCCCCCCCCCCCUCCCCAACCCUGUAAGUAGACUUAGAAGUAGUGUUGUUCCUGUAGCGUUGUAGGCUUUCUCCAAGCUUCAAGAGGCAAAUGUUAAGUAUUCCGCGCAUUCAGUUUCAUGUCAUUAAAAAGCAAAGAACA